GGCAGUCGCGUCGCGUACUCCGCGCCGUCAACAUCACAAGUCCGCAUAGUCGUCUCUUGCUGCUUGGUAGACUCCGCUCCCGCGGACAGCGUACGUCCCACGUCGCCUUCAGGACUUACCGCGCUACCGGACACCCCGUCUCUCCGCAUCCCCUCGCAAGAGGUUUUGGCCUAGCUUGACGAGAUUUAUUGCCCUUUCUUCCGCGGUUCCUUCCUUCUGCUUUCGAGAUUUCGUGCGGAAGGCCAGCUAUCCGUCUUUUGUCCUCGCCUGCGAGAGCUUUUUUUUUUCUUUUCCUUUUCUCCCGGCCAGAAGUACCUAAUCCGGACCGGCCGUCGCUUUCUGUUGGCGCUGGGGACCGCCCCUCUGCGUCCGACACGACCCACAGUGGACGUUCCGCGCCACACACGCUGAGAGUGGCACGUGCUCCCGCCGAGGACCGGGUCACCACACCACCAGCCACGCCCCGCUGACCUGCCGGCAACAUGCGCUUCUCCUCGCUCAGGAUGGUAGCGACGCCGCUGCUGCUACUGUCGACGCUGGCGUGCCUGUCUGCGAUGGCGGCGCCCGCGGGUAAUGCGACCUCCUCGGCAGUCGCCGCCCCCGCCACAGCCUCCAGCGCCCCGCUGAAGCUGCGCCGGCUGUCGGGCGGCAAGGUGGUGGAGGGCGGCGGCCGCGCGGACAACCACCUGCUGCUACGCUCGCUGGGGCUGUCGCGCAGGCGCAGCGGCCACCAUCGCAAGCGGCUGGCGGCCGAGUCGCGCCGCCUCGCCGCCCCCGGCGACUCGCACGUCUUCGUGGUGAAGCUGCCGCCCGACUCGCACUUCUACGGCCUGCAGCAGCCGCACCCCAACGACGUGACCAAGGUGCGGCCGCCCGUCAGCUUCGCCGCCAACGGCAAGCCGUCCGCCGUCUACCAUUGGAACCUGCCCGCCAGGCACCUCAUCGCCGCCAAGAAGUCGCGCGCGCGCACAGCCCCCUCCAGGCUGCAGGCGUCCGAUGACAGCGAGGUUUUCUACGUAUCGCCGCACAAGCACCCCAAUGACCAUCAUGGCCAUCACUACCACCAUCACAAGAAGCCAUCUUUCAGUUUCUAUGCACCCAAAAUGUCACGCAAGAAAGCAGUCUUCCACAAAUACUUUCCAGGAAAUGGAAAACCUCAAUCAUUUUACGUAAUUGCCAAAGCCAAGAAACCAGCUUCAUAUCACAAACUGAUGCUUUGAAGUUGGCAAUGUCACAGUCACGUGUUCUAAUGUGUUCCAUGUAUAAUAGUUUCCACACUUAUGAUCGAGGUAUAUAAUACAUCUAUUAUACGAUCGCUUCCGAAAUGAACGGAGCGACCAACUUGAUUCACAGAAUAGCAUCUGUUUUGUUAAGUGUAAUUUUUCGUAACACAGUAAGUUACUAACAUACUAACUACCAGUGAUUUUGUGGCAACAUUGUGAUGAAGUCUGGAUGAACAGACGACCAGUGAAAGUUUGUAGGUUACCUACAAGCAUAAAAUGAACUUCAUGUAGUUCUGUGUUAAAUUGUGAGGACAAGAUAUAAUUUUAUCAUUCGAGUUAUAAUGUGUACAUAUAUAUUUAAAUCUGUUAACAUGUGAAGGAGUAACAGAUAAAUAGUCUCUUCCAGAUGAUGAUAGCUUGUCAGCAUGGGCAUUAGAAAAUCUACAUACAUUUUUUUGUAGUUCUUGUUUAUGGUAAGCUGUUUGUCCACCUGUUUGGGAUUUCAGUCUGAAAGACUAUUUUAACAAGAUGCUAUUUCCUUGUGCUACAAGAGAAUGGUGCAAAGCAAUUUAUUUUGUUGUAAUUAUCUUAAAUGAGAUAACAAUUACAUAAGUAAAAAAUAUGUAAGUUUCAGUGCUAAAUGUAUGUUUUGUGGUAACAAUUUCAUAAAAGCUGAACAUCUGCCAAGUUUUCUAGUUCCUAUACGUAGUCAUCUCUGACUGACACUCUCUAAGUAAGAAUGACCAAUGGCUCAUGGUCCAGAGCUUGUGGGAUAUUACGUGGUGAUGGGUUUGGUGGAGGGGGAUAUUAUUCAUCUCUGGACUACUGGCUUUGAUAAAAUGUAUUUUAUAAGCUGAGCCACUGGUCUUAGUUUGCCUUGCUUCACAUAACCAACCUGCUUGUGGACUAUAUACAGUCACAUCUACAAAGAAUCAUCGUUAGUUCUCUGAAUUUCCAACAACAAAUGUAUAUGUACAUUUAAAAGAUACAGGCAAAUGCACAAUACUUAUUACAACUUCACAGUAAAUUAAUAAUCUUUGUGCAGUAUUCAUUAAAACUAUGAAAUAAUAUGUUAGAUCAACAUGUAUUUCAUUUACUGAUUUACGUUGUAGUAAUAGGCCACUUUUAACACUGAGAAAUCUCUUAACAGCAAUAUAAACAACAGAAGUCAUUGUAACUUCAGAAAGAAAUGAUUUUUCAAAACAGUUACGGAGUUCUGCAUAAACAAUGAGCAUUCUGGGACUUAAAUGUUAGUUAAAUAGAAAAGUGUUCAUUUUACUUACUUAACUGAAAGAUAUUGAAAUUUGCCUGAAAUUAUGUAGGUUUUGAAAUUUUAAAUAUUAUGACCAUUUUUUUGUGGCAAAAGACUGUAUUGGAAGACUGACUGUGAAGCACAACACAGAAUUAAAAAAUUUAGGAAGUCCAUUUUUGCAAUGACAGAAGUAAAUUAUGAAAAAACUAUAUUUUAUGAAAUUGUAUGUGGUAGCACAGCUUUAUUAUAAAGUAAAACUGUGUAUCAUCAUUUUUAUAAAAUUUUAUUAUCCAUUAUCAGAUUUAUGCACAUAUUACCUAAAGAAGUUGUGUGGUGUGUGCAAAAACACCACACAUGAUUGAUCACUCAUUUAAGUCUUUAACCACUAUGUGGCUGUCUCUGGCUAAAUAUGAGAGCUUUUAUUUUCUAACAUGCUUAUGUAUGGUCAUGCCAGUGAUUAGACCACAUUUUAUAGUAAUGAAUGGAUCAAACAAUUUUAUCACUUCAGUGGGCCAUUUCUUUACUUGAAGAGUACAUCAAAAAGUGCUAUUAAAAUAUACCAAACAGUUCUAUGACAUGAACUGCAUGAAGUAAAACAAAAUGGCAUAUGUCAAUGAUGGUAGUUAUAAGAGUAAAUGGAAUGUAUUGUAAGUUUUCAAAAAUUUUCGAUGGACAUUCUUGAGCUAAAAAUGUUUUAAUGUGUAUUUGAGGAAUUUGUAUGCAAGGAAGCAGUGUGAGUAUCAGGGCAAACAUACAAGUUCUUUUUUAAACAAUGUGUUUAGUAGUUAAUAGUCUAACAGACUGUAGAUGAAGUACUUAUUAAAGUAAUAUAUUUUAAUAUUAUGAUACAGUACAUUAUUGAAAAUUAUAUGCAAACAACUUAAACAUGCUGUUUCAGUUAGAUCUAGACAUUAAUAACACUACUGGCUACAUGAAACAGAAAGAUUGUUUGUACACUGUAAAGUUUCUUUCUCAUGUCAACUCAUCUCUCACUUUUCUGUGACAAGCACAUUGCAAGUACAAAUCAUUCCACCAUAUGCAUAGUAUGUCAGUUAUCAUUUAUAACAUAUCUGCAAUUCCCCACAAACAGUUACUAUGUAAUAUGCAACAUUUCCUUCUAAGAGCAAGCACUUUUUUCUUCAUUAUGUAAGUGCACCACAAACUGAUUCUGUUUUUCAUAAAUAUCUGUGGACUUGUGGUUUUUAGUUCAUUAUAUUCCUCUUGGAAAUACUGCACACAUGUUGUUUCUUUUAUUCAGAUUCCUUAGUGACAGUUCUACUAAAGUACAAUAAUGCCAAAUUAAUUCCUGAUAUGUACUUCAAUUGAUGUCCUGAGCCUUGCAUGUGUAUGUACAUUCUCUCUCUCUCUCUCUCUCUCUCUCUCUCUCUCUCUCUCUCUCUCUCUCUCCCCCUCUCUCCCUCUCCCUCUCCCUCUCUCCCUGUCUCUCCCUCUCCCCCCCCCCUCACUCUCACUCACUCACUCACUCACUCCAAACACACCCACACACAAUGUUUUUUCUGUUUCAUGUAAUAAUUAAUGUUAUAUCAAUUGAUUAUUGAAUUUGUGUUUAUUGUUGCAUGAUAUUUUAUUACUUAGCAGUGUAAUGAAUUAAAAUAUACAAUUCUACAUCUAACUGAAAUGUAUAAAUGCAAUUUAACUGAGCUAUUGUUGGAGAUAAUAUGGCAUGUUAUAUGUACAGUUAUGUGAAGAAAAAUUUUGAACUUAUUAAAAGAAUGAGUGACAAAUAAACGUUUAAAUUCUA